CCGUCAUUAAAUGAAUCAAGAAGAAGAAAAAGCAGAAGAAGAAGAAGAAUGUCUCGAGCGCGUUCCGGAAGUCAACUACUUUUGGGUUCUGACAAGACUCGGGGACACAUUUGCUUCUGAGAAGACCCUCAUAAUUUCAAGCUGGCUCAGAAAGUAAACAUUAAUAAUGUCCCAGGCCACUAAACGCAAGCACGUCGUCAAGGAGAUUCUUGGAGACUUUGUCGUGCCAACAGAGAAGCAGCAGAUUGUGAAGGUGACUGGUAGUCGUGGUAACAACCUCCAUGAAACUGUCACAGCGCAGGGGGAGAUGUUCCUGGUGAGCAUGCCCACAAAGUUCCGCAAGAAUAUUUGGAUCAAGAGAGGUGACUAUGUGAUCGUGGAUCCAAUUGAGGAGGGAGAGAAGGUGAAGGCAGAAAUCUGCUCCAUUCUUUACAAAGAUCACAUUGUGUACCUGCAGAAACGUGAUCUCUGGCCUGAAAGCUUCGUGAUUGACAACAAGACAAACCAACAGCCAGAUCAAGAAAACAACACUGAGGAGAAAGGCCAAGAGGAGGACAGUGCUGGUGAGGCCGAAGACAACGAGGAUGAUUUGUUUGUGAACACCAACCGCUGCACCUACCAGUACAGUGAGAGUGAAGAUGAAGAGGACAGCGACAUCCAGGACACAGAGUGAUAGCAGGAGCACUGAGGCUGCUGACUCAUUUUGUGACAAUUCUCAGGCUUUAUAUUUCUUUUUUCCGCUUAUCCUACAGCCACAUGGACGCUGGCUGGCCUCAUUCUUGUUUGGUUUUCUUGUUCAGUGCAGGGGCACCCACAUUUUAAUCUCCACAAAAAAUUUUUUUCAUUUUUUUUUUUACUGAUCACAUCAUGUGCUUAUCUGCACAAACAUUUCCGCACUGUUUUAUUUUGUGCUCAUAGACUUUAACCUGAACCAUAAAUUGGAUGAACUUUGUUGUCAUUUUAUAAAGGAACUAUGUAAGUUACAAAUUCCCACGUUUCAGGUCCUUAAGUAAACAUAAUUAAAUUGAAAUGGCCACCCAAAAUCA